AUAUACUCCUUAAAUCCCCUAGUCUCUGUCAUUCAUUCCCAUAAUUAACCAUCAAGAAAGUCACCAAAAUGGAGUACAACUGCAAGGAAUUUAAGGUCGGGAAAUGCGAAGGCGAGAAGUUGGUCGACGGUGAGACCUUGCCGUUGGUGCUCACGCCGCCAGAGGCAAGCAAGAAUGGGAUCGAGUCACUACUCGAGGCUCUUGGGAACAACAAAGAGUGGUUUGAUGAUAUGGUGACAAAGAAUAGUGCGGUUUUGCUACGAGGGUUUGAUGUCAAGAAUGCGGUCGAGUUUAAUGACAUCGUUGAGACGUUUGGUUGGGAGGAUAUCCGGUAUGUUGGUCCCGCCCCUCGAACGCAUAUCCACAAGAGGAUUUGGACCGCGAAUGAAGGACCUCUUUCGGAGUUCAUUUAUUAUCAUCAUGAAAUGGUUCUGAUUAACGAGUUUCCGAAAAAGGUAAUACUGUUUUGUGAAGUUCCGCCCCCGGAGGGCGGAGAAACGCCAUUUGUACCGAGCUUUAAGGUCACCGAACGAAUGAUGGAGGAGUUCCCCGAAUUCGUGGAGGAAGUGGAGGCGAAGGGGCUGAAAUACACGUUCAUCGCUCUCAACAGCGAUAACACGACCUCAAUGAGAGGUCGUGGCUGGCAAGAUGCUUUUGCAACAAAUGACCAACAAGAAGCUGAGAAAAGGGCAAGGGCACUAGGGAUGGAUGUGGAAUGGCUAGAAAACGGUAGCAUAAAGACGAUUUUGGGUCCGAGGCCACUAACAAAGGUGUUUGAGGGAAGGAAAGGGAGACGAAUGUGGUUCAACACGUUGGUCGGGAUGUAUGGAAAGGAACUUAGCUCCGCGAUGAUGGCUGAUGGGACGGAGAUACCAAAGGAUAUCGUGAAGCGAUGCGAGGAAAUCAUCGAGGAAGAAAGCAUCCAGUUUAAGUGGGAGAAAGGAGACGUGUUGUUCCUCGAUAAUUACGCUACACUCCAUGGAAGAAGGCCAUCGUUACCUCCGCGAAGAGUCUUGGUUGCUACUUGCAAAUAGAUGGGUUUGAUUUGCAAGGUGAGCGUGACAAUAAUGGAUGCAAAUAAAGAAGUGUGGUGCAUGUCUCAUCCAAUCAUCAAUUAUGCUAUAUAUGUAUUAUUAAGUUUAUCUUGUGUUAAAACAUACUCAUUAUUUGUGGUUGAGUAAAUUGUCAUUUUAGUCCGUAA